UCGGUCGAAAUACGCUAGGUCGAAAUUAGACUAGCGUUCCCGGUCGCCGCGACCCUCGACACGGUCAUCCCAAAAUUUCUCGUUCGCCCAUGGAAAUCUCAAUCUGCACACCACAUCAUCUCGCCCUUCACCCUUUUUACGUUUCUCCCUCUCUCUAAUCAUCAGUCCGUCUACUAGUCCCCCAUCACAUCCCUUCAAUAUGCAGUCCAUCCGUCGCGCGGCCACUCGCGCCACCUUUACCAGCUCGGUCACCGCCGCCGCUGCGCCCAAGUCGCAAACCGUCUCCUUUGCUCUGCGUGCCCUGAACGCUGCUGCCAUCAGAUCCUUCUCCGCCGCCGCGCCGAGAGCCUUCUCCCGCUCCAUUGCGUUCCGUGAAUAUGGCCAGGCCGAGGGAGGCUUCCGCGAGCAGAGGGGCCGCAGACAAGAUCCCAGCGAGCACGUUCUCUUCGUCCAAAACUACUCUUUCGAUGUUAAGGCCGAGGAGCUGAGCGAGGCUUUCUCCAAGUACGGCGAGGUUGUCGGCGUUGCGAUGCCUCCUAAGAAGAGCUUUUGCUUUGUCUACUUCAAGACGGCUGAGGCCGUGACAGAGGCUGCCGAGAACGUUGAUGGAACGUUCUGGCACGGCCGCCGCAUCGUUGCCAAGGCUCGCGACGCAAGCGCAAGAGGACCCGCCAGAGAAAGGGGCGAGAGAGGCGAGAGAGGCAACAACAGAGCGGCCAAGAAGGCCAUUUACGACGGCCCUCCCACGGGAACCAUCUACAUCGGUAACAUCUCCUUCGAGGCCUCUGACAAGGACUUGAACGACCUUUUCAACAGCCUCAAGGACGUCCUUGACGUGCGCAUCGCUGUGGACCGCGCAACGGGCUGGCCGCGUGGCUUUGCCCACGCCGACUUCACCUCCAUCGAGGCGGCGACGGCAGCCAUCGAGGUCCUCAAUCAGACUGAGAUUCACGGCCGCAAGCUCAUGAGCGCCAACGCCCCCGCCUCCAAACCUCGUCGUGGCCCCCGUUCCGACAGAGACUCGUCGAAGCAGGUUGAGGAGCGUGUCGAGAACGAGCACGCCCAGGCCGAGGAGGCGCAGAAGGAGCAGAAGCCUGAGGCUGGUGAGCAACAGAACAACUGGAACGCCUAAGUUACCUUUUCUUAAGGUGGUCGGGUGUGUGUCGGCUGAAAAUGAUCAAGGGCAUCGACGAUGUCCCUCCUUGUGAGCUCGAGAAGGGAAAGUUGAUUGGAUGAUUUUGUUUCGGCGGCUGAAGGCUUUCGAUGAGCCUUUUGUACGAGAUCUUCUGAUGUAUUGUUUUUUUCUACUUUUUUUGUGUUUUUUUUCCUAGCGGGAAAAAGCGUCAGGGAUGGGUGAAGAGAAAGUGUCCUGGGCUGCCUGGAGGGGGAAAAGACUCUCGGGCGGAAGAGAAAAAACUGGUGUUUGGAGAAGACGGGGGGGAAAUCUCCUGACGCAACGAUGAAUAACUUGAAGCCGACCAAAAGGCAUUGUAUCAUACGAACUAUUAGAAAAGAAGGCCUUUUUGCUUAUCAUGGGGCUUUCUUUGGGCAUACAUGGCAAAAUUCUUCAUGUAUAAAAAUGUAAUAUCUCUCUCCUUCAAAACAUGACUUUGCUCCAAA